CAUUCAUACUGACGUGCAAGUCGUCACGCACGCUUUGCCUUUUGUUGAUCAUCGAACCGUUCAAAAUUCACCUUUUUAACUGCACCACGUCAACAAACGGGCCAUUCUAAAAUAGCUGUUGGGAAUCUAGAAUACUUUGUAAUGAUUUCUAUUUGGAAACAGCGUCGUUUUAUUCGAAUUUAGUUGAGGUAGGAACUGGUCGAAAAUUCCUGUUUUCGCCGGCAGGAAGGGUUUUUCUCCGCGCAGACCACACGCAUGCGUGAGUGUUGUCGAAUGUCGUCAGAGCCCAACCCACGGCGAGCCUCCUCCAUUCACGGUAAACGAACUUCUCCGUAGAUCGUCGGCCAUGUUGUCCGUUCAGUUGCAUCAGAACGGGAAGGGAUAACAAUUUCGCGACGAGAGCGGUGGUUUCGUAUUAAUUUUCAAGUGACCUUUCGUACAUGUUCAUAUCACUUGCCUGCUUCAGGAAUUAUGAGCAGUUUUCAGUUUUCCACGCCGGAAGACAUACCCAAAGCCCAGCCUAUAUGCGACCUGCGACCUCAGACAGGUAACCAGCACCAGGUCCUUGCCUACAGGAACAGUUCAGCCAACCAUGAGACUUGGUCUGUGACGUUUGCGCCGGACCGCUCCUACUUUGCCUGGUCGUCAGGAAAUUGCAUAGUCAGACUUGUGCCUUGGGAUGCCCAGAGAAAUACAGUUCAGGACAUAAACAAUGUCAACGUCAUUCGCUAUGGUGCAGUCAACCUGCAGCGGAACCAGCAGCAGUACCUGCAGCAGCAGGAUCUGCAGCAGCAACAGCAGCAGCAAGAAGAGCAGCAGGACAUGACAACCAAUCGCGAGAUGAAAGUCAUCCGCUGUGGCGAGCCCGUCUGGUCCCUGGCCUUCGGUGCCUCUAAGCCCCACAAGAGGUGGAAGCAUAUCAACAUCAAGUACCACCACUUUGAGCACCUGGACUCCAGCUACGACUUGAUCCUGGCCAUCGGGCUCAAAUCAGGCAAGAUCAUGACGGUCGACAUCGCUACAGAGCAAAUACUUCUUCUGAUGGAUCACAAGGACGUGAUCCGAGACCUGAAGUUCUGCUCGGACGGCAGCCUGAUCCUCCUGUCUGCCUCCCGGGACCAGACUCUGAAGGUCUGGGACCUGAAAGAUGAUGGGAACAUGGUGGUCACGCUACAAGGCCACACCAACUGGGUCUAUGGAUGUGCCUUUGCCCCGGACAUGACCAUGCUGGCAUCAGUUGGCGCUCAGAAAUGUGUUAUCGUCUGGGACCUGAAGGACCGCAACCUGAGACAGUGCAAGAUACUCCGCCGAUUGACAGGGCACCACCACGACGCAGUGUCCUGUGAGUUCUCACCGGACGGAGCUCUACUCGCCACUGCAUCUUACGAUACAAGAGUCUUGCUGUGGGACCCACACAUCGGCAUAAUUCUUCGUCAAUAUCACCACGUCUUUCCUCCCCUGUCACCCGUCUUUGCUGGUGGUUCCAACAACAACUACGUCAGACACAUGGCCUUCUCCCCGGACGGCAGUCACUUUGCUACAGUCUGUGAUGACAAGUACAUUCGUUUCUGGUCCCUAUUUGACACGUCAGAUCCCAUCUCAGUCUCUAUGGUUGUUGAUGGACUGUGCUGCAGUUACUCAGCAGAUGGACGCGUCCUGGCUACAGGGACAAGAAAUGGUUCGGUUCAUUUCUUGGUGGCACCCAAGGAGGUUCAGACGCUGCAGCACCUGUGCCGUCUUGGCAUCCGUCGACUGGUCCCCAACACCAACAACCUAGACAAGCUGGGCCUGCCGCCUGGACUCAGGAACUACCUGCGCUAUGACAUGCUCACCUGACACGCGGUGGCAGAAACCGACACACUUCUCAAUCUCUUCAGGGUCUAAGGUUCUUACUUACGCAGAUGCCUUACAAAGCCUUCUUGCACGAUGUCACUGCGCCACUGUCCAAGGUCAAGGUCAAAGAGUAUGUGGCGGAUGUAAUGUUUCCGGAUUCGCGUGACGUCCUUUCGCACUCCCACCAAGGUUUUCUUGUACUAUUGCUUCAGAUCAGGUAUCUUUUCAUGCUUCCUGUACAAUGUAGACACUGUAGAAUGACUUUGAUUGUAGGCACUUGAAUAAAAACAGAGAAUUUGUAUUGACCAAUCCGAGCAGGCUAUGACUUUUAUCUCAAAGGCCCCUUCAGUGGUGAAAGCAUUGUGCUAGCUAUUGUUCAGAUAAUCUGUCACGGGGCAGUUGCUUUGUACAAUAACAUGCCCAAUGGUUUCUCCAUUAAAGGGGGCCCCAGUGAGGGUACAAUGAUCACGGGGCUGGAUUUGUCUAUACAUCACAAGUCCAGCAACAAGUAAAUCACUUGUCAAUUCACAAGUUUAGUCGCAUGUGACAGGGGCUGAACAGUAACAAAGGAAAGCCCCGGUCACAGUUCACAUGAUAAAAGCUCGUGACUUAACUUGAGACUGGACUUCUUGUGAUGGACUUGUGAGAACUUAUGAUGGACUUGCAAAGGACAUUCACAUGGGUGGAUCCCCCUGCCUUCGUGUGUAGAUGCCACCUGCUUGAAACUAAAAAAUAUCUGCGGUUCUUUGUCGGUCGCCUGCAUUUUUCUGUCAGUCACGUUGCAUAGAGCGCCCUCAGUGAGGUCAGGUGUUCGUUCCUCUGUAAAAAGCAUGAGAGUAGACACUACGUUUUCAGUGUCAACAAAUUUAGAUAACAAAAUCUGCCCUCGACGAGGGCGCUGUGUGCAAAGGGUCUGUAGUCACUGGAGUUCCUGCAGAUUUUAGAAAACUUUUAUCACUCGGCAACAGUUGCUGAAAUUUUGCAGAAUCUGUUAGAAUAUCCAUAGGCUUCGAGCCAACUUUAAAACUGAAAUUGUGCAAACAUUGUGGAAUAUCCUCAAUACUAUCAUUCGUCAGAAAAUGUCGCUGAAAUUCCGCAGACUUCGUAGACUUUGAAUAUGUGUAGGCUUCUUGUCCGUAGUAUUCUCUGGAAUUGUGCACACUAGACUCUGAAGAAAAAUCUGCAGUCUUGUUUGUGUUACAUGUAGCAUUGAUUGGAACUCUGUUUCCACUUUCAGGGUUGCUUUUCAAAAGGGGAUCCUUGUUUGUUUGUUGGGUUGUUUGUUUAGUUUCAUUCUGAGGAGUGUAUACACAUAGAUUGUUUGCAUUGCAGCCAUCUUUGAGGCGUGCUUUUAUGUUCAACAGGGGUACGCAUGGGUACACCUCUCAUACAUUCAUUGUUAAUGAAUUAACAUAACAAAACACACCUCAACGAUGGUUGCUGAAUGCAAGUGUCUAUACCUUUUGAGGAAUAUAAUAUUUUUUUUCAGAUUUCAAAAGGUUUCCUGAAGUAUAUUUAACAUGUUUUCUUGCUUUUGUACUGUAAAUAUGUGUUUUAUAAGAAUUUUUACGAGACGUGCAAAUUUAGCCAUCAUUUCUCCUGUUUUCGUUGUGUACAAUUUUUCAUGUAGAAACAGAUUCCAAAUAUGCACAGCUAUUUGGUCCUUAAAACAGGGUUUGUGAAGUUUCAGACCAAUUAAUUGAUAAAAAAUCAGUCAUUUUUCUGAAGUUUACUGCAAUUUGAAGGACAUUUUGCAGAACGGAAUGCAGAACUUUUAUGUUGUUCACACUUACAAAUCUACAUGUAUAAGUCCAUGCAUAUAUUGAAGAGAUUCAGAAAAUUGUGCCUAAGCUCCGUUUUUUCCUUUAAAUUCUUGGACAUGUAUUAAUCCUUCCCCUGUACAUACGUAAGAAAACUGUGAAUAUUAGCGCAACUGUACAAAUGUCAGUCAGGCCAUGAUCCAUUAUGUUCAAACAAGCAUGAAGAUGUUAUGGCAAUUUCUCAUCAUUUUGGGUUUGGAUCAAUAUUCCCUUUUAUAGUGUAGCCCUAACUCCUUCGGGCGUGUGAAAAUCAUACGAAAAUGGAAGAUUCAGCAUGUUAUGUUAGGGACAAUUGUAGAUAUUGUACAAUACAUGUAGUAUUAUGCGCAGUUAUUAAAAAAAGAGAAAUCUGUUUCAAAAGAUGAAAGAAAAACCAGUAACCAAAAAGUUUUACUAUAUUCUAUUUUUUUUUCAAUGUUGAGUGUGCUAAUAAUAUUGCUUUUAAUCGCUAAUACUAUCACAUGAAAUGUCCAUUUGUUACCAUUGAUGGAAUGGAGCCUUAUACCUUCGAGAAGCAUUCAAGCUACACAAUUAUUAACUUGUGUAUGAUUGCUUCUCGAGUAUUUACUAGAAAAUUCUUUUCAUCAAAGUGCAUUUACUUAAAUACUUAAAUACAUGUUUAGUAUUGUU